AUGGGUUCACUUGACCGUACUGAUCAUUCGCUUCAAAGCGUGAGUGAGGUUGCUGUAAUUGGUGCCGGUAUCAGUGGCAUCACCUCAGCUGCUCACUUGCUUCGCCAAGGCAUCAAACCUACCGUCUUUGAGCGAUCGAGUCAAGUAGGUGGCGUCUGGCAUUAUGAUGACAGAGUCGCCAAGGAGCCCAACUAUCCGAACAUUCAGCCUCCACCACCAACUCAGAGUCGCCCCAUUAUAUCACGAGCCAAUGAUUUGACGGCACAAACAAGAUCUUUUGAAGACGUUUCUAUCGAACAUGCUCCUCCCGGACCUUGUUAUAAGGGGUUGCGAAACAAUGUGCCAACAGCCUUGAUGAGGAGCAUGCUGAUGAACUGGCCAGAAGGCACACCUGAUUUCGUCAGCCAAGACCACAUCGACCAAUAUAUUAGAGACCUCUCUAUGUAUACUGGCGCUCAUGAGCGCGUGCAAUUUGACACGACCGUCGACGGUGUAUCGAAAAAUACGGAAACCGGAAAGUGGGUGGUGAAUACCCGAACACUCCGCAAGACGGGUUCCGACUUUGAGUUCCUGGGAAGACGGUGGGAAUUUGAUGCAGUCAUUGUGGCGAGUGGUCAUUAUCAUGAGCCCAAGAUCCCGGAUAUCCCUGGGCUCAAGGAGUGGAAAGAACGCCACCCGGAAAGCAUCUCGCAUAGCAAGCGAUACCGGUCUCCCGAGCCAUUCAAGGACAAGACUGUCUUUGUGAUCGGGGCUGGUGUCUCGUCUCUUGAUGUUGUCCGAGAAAGCCACGCCGUUGCCAAAAGGGUGUAUCAGAGUUCCAGAGAUGGACAAUUCGAUAUUCCAGCGAGCUUGUUACCCCCAGGAGCCGAGCGAGUUGGAGGCAUUGAGAAGUUCGUCUCGUAUGAAGGUUCCGCCGCGGGUGAUGUGGUGCUCCAAGACGGCACCGUCUUGACCGAUGUGGAUGUCAUUGUACUUGGAACGGGAUACAUCACGUCUUAUCCAUUCCUGGGACCACUUCAGGAUCCAUCCGUCCCAACAGAGGAAGCUGACGAUAAUAUCGUGGUUAGCAAAGACGGUUUGACGACCCAUAAUCUGCACAAGGACAUUUUUUACAUACCGGAUCCUACACUGAUCUUCGUCGGCGUUCCAUACUACACUUCGACCUUUUCCUUGUUCGAUUUCCAGGCAGAGGUUGUCUCUCGGUUCCUUGCCGGGAAAGCGGCUCUACCCAGUCAGGAAGUAUUGCGACAAGAGUAUGACGAGCGCAAGGCUGGACUGAUAGAGGGCAGCAAGACAUUUCACAGUCUCCUGAGAAAAGAGGUUCCAUACAUGAAUGGCAUUCUGGAGUGGGUUAAUGCAGAAGCGAAGAAAUUGGGCCACGAGCCCAUGAGGGGAGUUGAUGAUAGAUGGCUCGAGCGAUAUGAAUUCUUUGUAGCAGAGAUGAAGAAGAGGAGAGAAACGGAUCCAGCUGAAGACCAGGGGAAGCUCCUUAUACCAGAGGGGCUGCGAUUGAGUGUUGCAGUAGCAAGUGCUUGA